AGAGAGAGAGAGAGAUAGACUUGCUUGUCCACAGUGGCGGGCAGAUGUAGAGCAAGCAAGCGGGAUAGAGAGAGAGGGAAACAGACAGAUGAGAGCAUGAGGAGGGGGAGUCCGAACACAUCCUCUCAUCCAUCUGCGUGAGGAAGAGCAGCCCCUCUGAUGAGCUUCUGAGCAAACAAUCGGCUAUUCACUGUUUGCUUUCAACAGGAAGAAAAGGGAAUUCAGCUUUUGACCAUUGUGGAUGUUAUAUUUACUGUGUUGAAGCACAAGUUUGCAAUGGACUUUACUGGAAGUGUAUGGACUUGUUGUAUCUACUUGGAUGUUCAUGUUUGAUAACGUGGUGUUUUCAGAAAGGAUUUCUGAAUUAUUCAAAAUAAUCCAAAUGUUCCUCAGCCAUGGGAACAAUUUUGUGAGGAAGAAAACUGCCACAUAAUAAGGAACAUCUCAUGUCCACACAAAGUUAAACUUAGUCAGUCGGAUUAUGGAGUUCUAUUUUAUUUUUCUGAGGGAACUAUACGAAAUGAUUUUUUGGACCACACCGUGUGGACACUCCUGGCAAGCCUGCACCGUGAAAAGGACUGCAAACCUGUGUGUUUGAGUGUAUUUGUGGGUGUGUACGAGUGUUUGUAAAUGCCCAUGGUGGUAUGACACAGUGGAGGUGAGAGGGGUAGACAUUUCUGGACCAUUCUUUCUUUACAAUGAGAGUUCCAGCCAGCGUGGCUGCAGUUUCCCAUCUUUGUCCUCUGGUGGUCUUCCUAUGUGUUGUCUCCCAGAGUUGUUAUGGGACCCGGCCCGAUCUGAGCCCUCACGCCAACCCCAACCCCAGCCUGUACCCCAACCCAAGGCUCAAGUCACUGCCUGAACCAACCCUGCUUCCAAGUUCCAGUCCUGAAACACCUAUGUCUCAGCUGAAGCCCAGCCAACUCUUGAGUUCUAGCCAGAACCUCUGGGGCAAGUAUCAGUUAAAGCCUUGGCUUGACACCAUGUCCCAUCUUACUGACAACCAUAGGUCCAACAUAAACAUCCCAUCAGCAGUCUCCCAAGCCACAUCAAGCUCAAACACUGGACUCAGGCUACAGCCUCUAUCCAAACAAGGUUCUAAUUCAAGGCAAGGGUUUGCCUUUAAGUCGAAUUCUAAUCAAUUGGCAAGAAGUAACAACCCUAAGCAAUCUUCAAAAAUCAGCCCCAAAACCAAUCCAAAACCAAGCCUUGGAUCACUGUCGCAGCCAAAGGCCAAGGCAGUCCCCAACUCUAAGGCGAUAACUGGGCCAAAGACAGAUUCCGAGUCUGUUUCCUUGCCCAACACUAAAUUGUCUUCAAUAUUCAGUCCUUACGCAUGGUCCAACUCAUCUGGCUCUAUGAACAUCUACUCCAGUGGCAGCCUGGCUUCACUAUCCAAUUCUAAAUCUCAUUCUAAACUCCAACCCUCUUCACAAACUAAUCCUAUUGCCAGAUCUGAUUCCAAGAUCUCCAACUCAAACUCCAAAACAUCCAUCAGAGCACAGAGGAACCAAACUAAGUUGCUGGACACAGACAAGGAUUUCCAUCAGCGGCCCAAAAGAGGCUGGAUCUGGAACCAAUUCUUUGUUCUUGAAGAACACAUCGGACCUGAACCUCAGUACGUGGGAAAGCUACACUCCAAAUCUGACAAGGGCGACGGCUCCGUGCGCUACAUCCUGUCUGGAGAGGGGGCUGGCUCUAUCUUCAUCAUUGACGAGACAACAGGUGACAUCCACGCAGCCAAGAGCCUGGACCGUGAGAGGAAGGCCCAGUAUGUUCUACACGCAAGGGCCAUCGACCGGUGGACAAACCGCUCUCUAGAGGCAGAAUCAGAGUUCAUCAUCAAGGUCCAGGAUGUCAAUGACAAUGCUCCAACCUUCCCAGAUGGACCGUUCUCAGCCACUGUGCCUGAGAUGUCUGAUGUCGGAACAUCAGUUUUCAAGGUAACAGCAUCGGAUGCAGAUGACCCGACAUAUGGGAACAGCGCCAAGAUAGUCUACAGCAUCCUGGAGGGACAGCCCUAUUUCUCUGUUGACCCAAAGACAGGUGUCAUCCGUACAGCGAUGUCCAGCAUGGACCGUGAGACCAGGGACCACUAUGCUGUGGUGAUCCAGGCCAAAGACAUGGCAGGAUCAGUUGGAGGACUGUCUGGAUCCACUACUGUCAACAUCACCCUCACUGACGUCAAUGACAACCCUCCAAAGUUUCCACAGAAGAGCUACCAGUUGUACGUACCGGAGCUGGCUCCAGUGGGGAAGGCAGUGGGACGGAUCAGAGCCAACGAUGAAGAUGAAGGGCAGAAUGCUGAGAUGACCUACAGCAUCACCAACACCGAGGCAGCUGCCAUCUUCACCAUCACCACUGAUGCUGACCACAGGGAAGGAAUUAUUUCCCUAAAGCAGACUCUGAACUAUGAGAAGAGAAAAGUUCACACACUAAAUAUUGAAGGCGUCAACACCCACCCAGACUCCCGCUUCUCUCACCUGGGGACAUUUAAGGAUUCCACAUCGCUGCGAGUCAUUGUGGGUGAUGUAGAUGAACCACCUGUCUUCUCCAUGGACUACUACAUCAUGGACAUCUAUGAAAACUCACCCACUGGCACCCAGGUUGGCACUGUAACUGCCGUGGACCCUGAUAGCACCAGCAGCGCUGUCAGGUACUUCAUAGAAAAUGAAGAGGGGAGACCUUUGUAUUUCACCAUCGGGGUGAACAAUGGCAUCAUCAGGACUACCCAGGUUCUGGACCGGGAGGAGACAGCGUGGCAUAACAUCACUGUGAUGGCUGCAGAGGUUGAUAACCCACGUAUGGUGAGUCACGUCCCAGUCACCAUCCAGGUCCUGGACAUCAACGACAACAUUCCAUCUAUCUCUGGGGGAAACAACGCCAUCAUAGUAUGUGACAGCACCAAAACUGGACAGGUGAUUCAGACCAUCCGAGCCGCGGAUCUGGACAACUUUGCAAACGGAAGGUUUUCCUUCUAUGUGCCUGCUGAGCAUCAAGUUAAUCCAAAUUUCACUGUGAAGGACAAUGGAGACAACACUGCCAGUAUAAUAUCUCGUCGGCGUGAUGGCUUUAGCCAGGACAGAGACCAGGAGUUCUUCAGCCUGGUGCUGGUGGUGGUUGAUGGUGGGGAGCCUCCUCUCAGCAGUACCACCACACUUUCCCUAAGGUUGUGUGUCUGCCAGAGGAACACCAGGGGACGUAACAGCAACAAUGUGUGUCAGGCCCAGGCUUUCCUGUCCUCAGCUGGCCUCAGCACCGGGGCAUUUGUGGCCAUACUACUGUGUAUUGUCAUAUUAUUAGCUAUAGUGAUGCUGUUCACCCAGCUACGAAAUAAGAAGGCCAGCAAAGAGCCCUUGAUUCUCUCUGAAGAGGACAUCAGAGAAAACGUGGUGACCUAUGAUGACGAAGGAGGCGGGGAGGAGGACACAGAGGCCUUCGAUAUUACUGCACUUCGAAACCCUAAAGCCUCUGAGUCUCGCAGGAAGUUCCACUCCUACCUCAGCCGUGGACCAGGCCUGUAUAGAGAGGAGGACGAAGUUGAGGACGAUGAAGAGGGGAUUGUGGUAGUGAGGAGAAGGAAAGCAAAGGAGGUUGAAUAUGGAAACUACAGCCCAGAGUCAGAACCUGCCUGGUUUGUUAUUGACUGUGUUCCUCGAGAGAUCAGCCAGUCGGCACCUUCGCUUCUGCUGGAUGGACAUGACAUCAUUCAACAGAUCAUUCAGCAGAAGGUGGCUGAGGCAGACUUAGACACAAGGGGCCCUCCAUAUGACUCACUUCAAACAUAUGCCUAUGAAGGUCGCGGGUCCUUGGCAGGGUCAGUCAGCUCUUUGGGCCUGACUGCUGCAGUGCCAGAACUAAACUAUGCCGACCUGGAAGACUGGGAGCCAGAAAGGCAAACUCUGGAACAAAUUAGUGGAGAGCAGCUGGCUACAGGCCAAGAUAACUCUGACGCUUAAAGAUUAUCAUCAGAGGGUUUUGGGGUUUUUUUUUUCUUCACUUCUGGACAGAUUUGCUGAAGCAGGCUGCUUUUACUUGUGCCAUUUAAACCUGGGUGCAAAGAUGCAAAAUCACUGCCACAAAAAGCUGGCAAUUAAGAACUGGAAUAUCAUGUGAAAUCAGAGGAUAAGAAAAGCCAUUUAUGUGUAACGGGGGUGGAGAACACACACAGUCUGGAAGGAGACCCUGGGGGGGAAAUAUCGUAGCUUGAGUGUUUUUAGUGGAAAAAGUACAGCUAGUCCCCACCAAAAGAAUUCUGGUCUUGAUCCUCACUGUUGGUGAAACUCUAGUCUUUUAAAAAAUUCUAGUCAUUUAAAAACACUUGCACAACUACUCUGGAAAUGAAUACCAAAUUGGCAUGGACCACAAUGACUUCAAGGUUCAGGUCACCAACCAUUAAUUGGCUUGAAUAAUGGAAACAUGGAGUUUUACUGAUUAGUUAUUCAUAAACAAAAAAAAUGAACUUAGGCUGACUGUGAUCUAAGUAUUAUCUAGAAAGAAAGGUCUAAAGAAAGCUGAUGGCUCCAAUGAAAGGCACACAAGUGGCAGAUGUUCUAAGUGCCAAAGAAAGCUACAAGGUGUCCCCCUUAAAAUUAAUGAAUUAUUAUUUUUAAAUUUUGUAAGGUGAAGGAAUCCUAAACAUGUCUACAUUCAUAGUGACGGCAGGAUCCUGAAGCAUCAGCUUCCCUGGUAUAGUUUAGUGUAGGUUCCCGUUUCAUGAAAAAUGCCCUGAUCGGAUUGACAAGAAUACAAGGUGAUCUCUUUUAGCCCUUUUCCACUGCAGAAACUUAACAGCCCAUAACCUUAACUACUCAAAAAUGGUCACUGAACUUGUUUUCUGCAAUUUCAGCAAAGUCUUGAUAACUGGAUUGGUCUUUCUGCAGCUUUUCUUAACUGGUUUAAGUCUCAGUCCACUUCUCACUAUACCUCAGAUGGGUGAAUUCAUCAUGACAUAAUAACAUCUACAGUAUGUCUAUCAGUUAUGCUGAUGAUGCUCUAUUAUACAGUUCAGUCAGAUGAUCCUAAGGGUUUGACAUCACUUACAACCUGCUUAUCUGACGUUAAUAUUUGCAUGAACAAUAACUUUUUAAAGCUAAAUGAAGACAAGAUGGAAGUUUGGUUACUUGACCCCAACACCAACUGACAUACAGUUUCAGAAGUUUGGCAACUAUAAAAUCUGAAGUGAGUUUAGGAAAUAUUUUGAAUUCUGAUUCUAAUUACAACCCAAUUUCAACACAGUCACAAAAACAGGAUUCUUACACAUGUAAAACAUUACCCUUCAAGCUUGACCUCACCUGGAAUGAUGUCGAAAGACUGAUUCACUCACUCAGUUCAUUGUACUAGAUCAUUAACAACUCUUCCAAAACAUUCUGUUGCCAGGACACAAUUCAGAAGACUGCCAACACGAGGAAGAAGUGGCACUGGUAUUGUUAGUGAUUUUCUUUCAUACAUGAACAUGAGAUAGUCAAGUCAAUUUUAUUUGUAUGGCCCAAUAUUACAAAUCACAAAUUUGCCUCAGGGGCUUUACAGUCUGU